UAUCAAGUCUUUUUUUUUUCUUUUUUGGAAUAUCACUAUUGUAUUUCACAAGUAUUAUCUAAAACCAUGUCUUUUGACCAUGACUGGUCGGAACUUCCACCGGAGCUCCUGGACACGAUCGUGAAUAAGCUAAUUAACCUCCGUGACUACCUCCAUUUCCGGGCGGUUUGUUCCAACUGGCGUUCCUCAACGCCGGCGACUCCUAAAAACCUACCAUGUCAGCUCCCAUGGUUAAUGCUCCCAAAAAACCGGUCUAACCGGCGCGGCUUUUUCAACUUCGUUGACAACAAGCUUCACUUCCUCGACCUGCCUGAGGCUUCAAACAGCCGCCGUCGCUGCGGCUCUUCCCAUGGCUGGCUCAUCAUCGUUGACGAAUCGCCGUCAAUUUUCAUUAUUAAUCCACUCACAAAAGUAUCCUUUAAUCUUCCGCCGAUUUCUCAAUUUCCUAAUGUGGUGAAUUUCGACUUUUACAGCGUCGGUCGGGAAUAUACCCUCCGAUCUCCCGACGGCGAGGUUUACGCUCGUAAUUUGAAAGAAAUGCGUGAUUCGUUUAUUAGGAAGGCUAUUAUUUCUAGUAGUCCUUCGCUUGAUCCGAAUUUUAUUGCGAUGGUGAUCCUUAAUGAAACAGGUGAGCUUGCUUACUGCAAAAAUAGAGAAAAUUCAUGGAAAUUUAUUGACGAUGCACAGUUUUACGCUGAGGAUGUUAUCUAUUUUGAAGGAUUGUUCUAUGCUGUUCAUAAAUCUGGAGAAAUUGCAGUUUGUGAUGUUAGUGGUGAUUCUCCUAGUGUUUCGUUUAUUGGAACCCCUAGGCUAAUUGGCGGUGAUAUGCAGUAUUUGGUCAAAACAAAUGAUGAACUUUUACUGGUGACUAGAUUUUUGGAGCUUGAUAUUGAUGCCGCGUAUCAUCAGCUUGAUGUUGUGUAUAAGACAGUUGAAUUUUGUGUCUUUAAAUUGGUUUUAGAAGGACCAAGAUGGGAGAAGAUUAACAGUUUGGGUGAGACAAUGUUGUUUUUAGGAGAAAAUUCUUCGUUGGCGUUGUUGGCUUUUGAUUUUCCUGGAUGUGAAGGAAACAGGAUUUACUUUACUGAUGAUUAUUGUGAGGCUAAUUAUGAUGGUGUCAAUGGGAAUCAUGAUUUAGGGUAUUACAAUUUAGAGGAUGGUAGUAUUGAAGCGUUGUCCUGCUAUCCUCGCAAUUCACAUUCUAUGCUUCGUUGGCCUCCUCCAAUUUGGUUCACUCCAAAUCCAUGUUGAUAAUUGGACCUUGGUGAAUUCCUUCAUUGAGGUUGUUUUUUGGAUAUGCUUUUCUGGCCAGAGUUCAAUUUGAUGGAUGGAAUUACUUUGUAUAUGAGAUGCAAAUUAUCAAAUAGUGGUGUGCUGUAAGCAAACAUGUACCUACAUUUUCUUGAUGCAAUCUGUGUGACUGCAACAUUCCUAGUAAUCAAAUAUUCAUCUGCUGUAAAUAAACUUGUACCAACAUGUAUUUAUUUAUGCCUGCAACAUUCCCAUGUAAUUAUUAUCUUGCUACGUCUGCUUAAUGUUUCUGUAAAUACCUUCACUUUUAUUGUGAACAACUAAUUUCCUGGAACGGAAUAUUAGCUAGAA